UAGAUGCAAGGAAACAGAGGUCCCCGUUCAGAGCAGCAGAAUCACGGCCCACAGCGACAGCAGCCCAACCCCCAACAGGAGCAGCAGAGGAAGCCCACCGGAGCUGACAGCAAUGGACAACACACCGAUGCUGGAGAGCAGAGCAGCCCUAAUGCUGGUUUUACUAUAGACCUGCAGAACUUCAAGAAGCCUGGUGAGAAGACCUACACACAGAGAAGCCGGCUGUUUGUGGGGAACCUACCUGCCGGGACCACAGAGGAAGAAGUGGAGAAGCUUUUCUCCAAGUAUGGCAAGGCUUCUGAGAUUUUCAUCAACAAGGAUCGAGGCUUUGGCUUCAUCAGGCUGGAAACGAAGACGCUUGCGGACAUCGCAAAGGCUGAACUGGAUGACGCCAUGUUCCGUGGACGGCAGAUUCGUGUGCGAUUUGCCACCCAUGGUGCUGCGCUGACGAUUAAAAACCUGCCUCAGUUUGUGUCCAAUGAACUCCUGGAGGAGGCCUUCUCCAUGUUUGGUCCAAUUGAACGUGCUAUCGUCAUCGUUGAUGACCGUGGCAGGCCAACUGGGAAAGGCAUUGUGGAGUUCGCCAACAAACCAUCUGCCAGGAAAGCUCUGGACCGGUGUGGAGAUGGAGCUUUCCUUCUUACCACAUUCCCCCGGCCUGUUACCAUAGAGCCAAUGGAGCAGCUGGAUGAGGAAGAGGGGCUUCCUGAGAGACUCAUUAACAAAAACCCAGUAUAUCACAAAGAGCGUGAGCAGCCUCCCCGCUUUGCCCAGCCAGGCUCAUUUGAGUAUGAGUAUGCAAUGCGCUGGAAGGCCCUAAUGGAAAUGGAAAAGCAGCAGUACGAACAGGUCGACCGAAACAUAAAAGAGGCUAAAGAGAAGCUGGAGACUGAACUGGAAGCCGCACGGCAUGAGCACCAAGUCAUGCUAAUGCGACAAGAUCUCCUGCGCAGACAGGAAGAGUUGAGGAGAAUGGAGGAGGCUCACAGCCAGGAGGUCCAGAAGCGCAAACAGAUGGAGCUGCGUCAAGAGGAGGAGCGGCGGAGGAGGGAGGAGGAGCAGCUCCGGGUCCAUUCUGAGGACCUGAUGAGGAGACAGCAGGGCCAGGGGGGCAACUUCUCUGAGAAGAGGGAUCCUGAUAUGAGGAUGCAUAUGGGAGGUCAGGGAAUGGGCAUGAACAGGAACCCGAUGGGUGGAAAUGCCUCAAACACAGGCUCUACCAACUUGGCUUCUAAUGAGCAGGGAGCUUCUGGUAAUCCAGGUGGUCUUCCUCUUCCCUUCCCUCGUCCUGGACCUAAUGAUUUUGGCGCCAACAAACGCCGCAGAUUCUGAGACCACCAGCCAAACAUCCUUAGUUUUCUUUCUUUUUUUUUUUACAUACUGUAAAAUAUAUUUUAAGUGCAAAUUGUGGUUUUGUAGAGCCUGAAAUGAAUUUGUGCAUUCAAAUCUUUUAAUCAGGUUUAUGUUUUAAGUUCCUCUGAUCUCAUAUCCCCUUUAAGAUCUUAUGAGAUGUUUCCAGAAACUAAUUGAGCCCAUUUCUGGGGGAAAACCUUCACGGUUAUGAUUCCUUACCAUAGAGAGUCUUCAUCUGUGAACAGGGAUUUACUUGUGCAUGGAAACAGCUCCAGGGUGGAUAUUUCAGCAUUGUAUAGCCCUAUUUUUGUCAUUUUUAUUAAUUUCCUCUCUUUUGUAUUUCACCCAGCAGUGACUUUUUCUAAACUAGAAAUUAGCUAUUGUCCGUCUCUUGUCCUCUGCAAUGCUUGCCUUUCUAGACAACUUUAAAUAAAUUCAUAACUACAUGUUACACACA